UCUCUAAAAUUAAAUACUUUAACAUAUAACCAAAUCACAUUAUGUAAAUGUAUAACUACUUCAUAUAUCUUUAACUAUGACUGGUUUCAUGUGUUCAUCCAUGUCUGAAUCAGCUGUUACUGUCCUUGUUGCAGUUUCUGUCCAUGGAGGUCUGAUCCCUCAAAGCGGAUCAAGUUCCUGGUGGAUCUCCUGUCUCAAGCAGCAGAGUGGGAGGAGCAGACAGGAGAGAAGACACUGAAGCUGGUAUCAUCAGUGUGUACUUACAGCACCUUUCCUUUUCCCAAUGGAGACACUUCUAAACAGAGUGAUUUCCUGCUGGAUCUGUACUCACAUGUGAAGGACUAUGAGACUCAAACAGGCAGGAGUGUCCUUCCAGCAUUACAGCCAGUUUACCAGUCAGCUCCUGCAGUCUGGUCCAUAGACCUCUCAGAGAGAAAGGCCUCCCUCCUCCUAGAAGUGCUGAAACUCCAACCAGAGAAGAAACCAGUAGAGCUGAAGGGCUGGUCAGAUGAAGAGAGUGAAGUGAGGAGUUUCCUUCAGUGUCUGUCCUACAUCUCACAGCUGAGGCUGAGUGUGGGUAUGGCAGUGAAACUGUCCAGACUGGUUAGGAGGACAGGGAGAGGUGCUACUCCACUGACUGUCCCAGAACUCUCCCUGGUCCUAAAGAGCAGCCAGCCACCAGAGAGAGUGUUAUCCAGGGCUCUGAGUAGUGUGGCUUCCCUGCUGAGACUCUGGAGGGUUCAGUGUCUGGACCUGACUGACCUCUGGAUCCAGGGUCACUCUCUCAUCACACUGCUGUGUCACCAGGGACCUCUCUCUCUCAGACUGAACUCAGACACUCUGCAGCAGCUGACUGUAGUUGUGUAUGAAGCUCAGGACAAGGACUUGACUCAGUGGUUCCUGGAGAAGGUUGGUGGAGACCUGACCUCCUGCAGGCUGGACUGGGAAGUGCUUCUCUCUCUGCUGCAGCAUUCAACCCACAACAUCACUGUGGACCUCAGGAAGAACAGGCUUCUAGAGAAGAACAUCUCAGAUCUUCUCCCCUUUCUGGGAAGGGUUACUCUCAAGAGGUCCAGUUCCAGCUUUGUAAAGUCCUCCAUCAGACACAUCUAUGACAGUAGAGACAGUGACUGUGUGUCCAGUUUGUUGAGAUCUUCAGACCAUUGGAUCAACCUGAACAGCAGAGAGCUGGACAGAGUGGACUGUACUGCUCUGUGUUUUACCCUGCAGCACAGCCACCAAGUCAAAGUCAACCUGCUGUGGACCUCCAUACCACCGGGGGAGAUAGAGAGCAUCCUGCCUCUUCUGGAGAGAGUCUCCCAGCUCAGUGUUGACAGGAAGUUACUACUGAGUUUCCUCCAGUGCUGUGCUGCCUCUCAGGUCCAGGAGGGGGCACCACCACCACCACCACCACCAACAGCAGUAUGGCUGCUCAGGUCUCUGCACUACAGGCUGGACUUCUCCUGCUCCUCCUCUGUGGACCUGUCAGCUCAGGACCCAGGAGAGGCUCUGUGUCUGACCACUGACCACUGCAGGGCCAUCAACUCUGUUCUGAAGCAGAACCAACACAGCACCCAGCUGGUCCAGAACCAGGUCCAGCUCAUCCUAAGAGACUGUGAGGUGGAGGACAGAGCACUGAGGGAGCUGCUUCCCAUCCUGCAUAUCGUCAAGCUGAGUUCCAGCAAAGCUCUGCUACUUCAGCUGCUGGACCUUGUGUGUGAGGGUAUUGAAGAGGGGCUGCUGAGGCACACAGAGUCCCUGUGCAGAGCCCUGAAUGGGGAGCUGGACCUCAGUGAGACCAGGCUGGAUCAGAAGGCCUGUGGAUCUCUGGCCCUGGUUCUGGAACACUCAGAGGGUCUGUCAGAACUGGACCUCAGCCACUGUCAACUCACAGACCACCACCUACAGCCCCUGAUCACACACCUGCAUAAAGUACAAGUCCUGGACCUGAGCCACAAUGACAUCACUGAUGCUCUGACUGACAGUAUACUCCAACUGGUUUCUACCAACACUUCAAUACACACCGUACGACUCUUCAACAACAGAAUCCAGGACAGAAGACCCUUCCUGACAGACAAGAGGUUUAACAUCUGGUGAAACAACAUUAGGUCUUAGUC